CAGGGCGGCAGGUCGACCUUCUCCACCGAGUCAGACCACGAGUUCAUAGCCGAGAACCUGCCCCUGUUCUGGCCGAGGUCGCUGAAGAAGCAGGACUGGCCGAUGGAGGCGAGCGCGUUCGAGGACUCGUCCAAGCGCCAGGUGAGGCGCGGCGCCAGGUGCAACUCGGAGUUGUCCCUGGCCGUGCCGGCCAUGUCCCUGAGCUCGGCGCUGACGUCCCUGGAAAAGCGGGGGAGAAGGUGGUCCAUCAUAAAUCCACACUCGACCAAGAAGAUGGUGUACGACGGGUUCGCGAUCGUCUGCAUGGCAUGGGACUUCAUUUUGAUCCCUAUCGUGAUUGGCUGGGACAUCCAAACCAACGAGCACGACUUUCUCGCCAGCGCUAUGAUGGCCGUGACGAUGUUCUGGACCCUCGACAUACUCGUUAGCUUCAGAACGGCCUACCAG